AUGGCGCACAUGUUUGACGGUGCAGCUGCCUUCAAUCAUGAGAUUUUCUCGUGGGAUGUUUCUAACGUGCAGACCAUGAGCCACAUGUUUCAUGGAGCUGUUGCAUUUAAUCAACCACUUGAAUCCUGGGACACGUCCCGCGUUUCAGACAUGACGGCGCUGUUUUCAAAUGCCGAAUCCUUCGACCAGCCGCUUGCCAACUGGAACACGUCAUCCGUGAGAAGCAUGCGCGAGAUGUUCCGAGGUGCUUCGGGCUUCAACAGGCCAGUUGGCUCUUGGAUUACAGGUGCCGUGAUCCGAAUGAAUGGCAUGUUUCAGAACACAGGCAUCUUCAAUCAACCGCUCAGCACAUGGGAUAUGUCGGCGGUGUCCGAUGUGAGCAGCAUGUUCCAAAAUGCGGCAAGCUUCAACUACCCUGUCGGAGCGUGGGAUACAGCUGUUGUGACCAACAUGCGCGGCAUGUUCUCCGGAGCUGCAGUGUUCGAUCAGCCUGUCGGCAUGUGGGACACCUCGUCUGUCAAAGACAUGUCUUUCAUGUUCUCAGAAGCCACCUCCUUUAAUCAGCCUAUCGAAAACUGGACCACUGCUUCUGUAACGAACAUGACCGGCAUGUUCUUUGGGGCAUCAGUGUUCAACAGCUCCCUUCAAGUGUGGGAUACCUCAUCUGUGAGGAGCAUGGCCCACAUGUUUCAGGAGGCAUCGGCAUUCAAUCAGCCCAUCGGCACGUGGGAUACAUCGUCUGUAGCCGACAUGAGCUACAUGUUUGAUGGGGCGGCCGCUUUCAAUCAACCUAUCGGCACCUGGAAUGUUUCAGCAGUCCUUGACACGACUCUCAUGUUCUCUGAGGCAGCGUCCUUCAGCCAGCCCCUGGGGUCAUGGCUUUUGCCCGUCCCGGCGAGCCACGACAUGUUUCGCGGCGCCGAUGCCUUCAAGAGGCCGCCUUGCCCGGGGGGCUUUUCGCCGGCUAUCAACGGAUUAGGCUGCGAGCCUUGUCCUGUGGGGCAGUUCGCUUCUCCUGGAGGCCGGUGUGAGACCUGCCAGCAAGGCUUCGUGCCGACGAGCGAUUCAGAUGGCUGCCAGAAAUGCACGGAUGGGAGCAUCUCCGUGUCUGGUGUCUGUGAGGAGUGUGUUUUCCCAUCCUUCAUUGUCAACGAUGCUUGCGAAUCGUGGCCCCUGCCCGUGGUGUUAGUGGUCGCAGCGCUGGUGCUUCUUGUGUUGUGGCUCUUCAUUUCCCGCUUCAAGGCCCGGAAAGAAGCAAGGAUCAAGCAUGCUUUGGAUGUAGCCUACCGGAACCUCUGGGACGAGCAUCCUGAGAUCGGGAAACACGCGGCCACCCUCCAGAGCCUUGGGAUGAAGCGCAUGCAGGUGCAGCAGAAGUUGGCUGAGAUGCAGGCGCAGCAAAGCUUGCUUGCAGGGGUUGGGCUGAACUAUCUUCUCUCAGAGGACUUCGCCAGCGUGGCAAGGGAGCGCACAAAGAAGCAGGACCCCAGCUUCAACGACAUGAAGGAUGCAUUCUGGAUGUGCGAUGAGCCGCUUGGCCACGACGUCCGGUGCCCUAGAGAUGGACGGAUGGGCUGUGCUCUGGUUGACUGGAUCCCCAGAUCUGGACGACAGGAGCAAUCCCACUUUAUGUCCUGGACAUGGCGCUACAGCUUAUCCGAGGUGCAAAGUGCCCUACGGAUAUUUCAAAGGAGUGUCGAGGAAAGCAAGGUAUUCUUCUACAUGUGCUUCUUCGUCAAUAAUCAGUUCAGGAUCAUAUUGGAGUCUACCGGGAUAGGUGCCGAGGAUUUGGAAGCUGUCUUUGAGAGCAACCUGAAGCGCAUUGGCAGGGUGGUGGCCAUCCUUGACACAUGGGACAACCCCAUGUAUUUAACGAGGAUUUGGACUGUCUACGAACAGUUUAUGGCCACCAAGUUGGAAGUGCCCGUAACUUUCGUCAUGCCCGACACAGCCAUGCAUUCCGCUCAAGAGCAGAUGUUGCAAGGUGAAGUGGGCAUGAGGCGCAUCACCGAGGCCCUCUGCAAUGCAGAUUCUGAGAAUGCAGAAGCGUGGAUGAAAGAGGAUGAAAUUAAAGUCAAAGGACUCAUUCGCAACAGCGUCGGCUUCGAUCACGUCAACAUGCAUGUGACGCAAGUGAUGGUCCAAUGGAUCUUGAGGAUAAUGCAGAACCAGUUCGAGGACCAAAUCGGCCGAGUUCGGUCCCGAUUGUUCACGCAAAAGAGCCAGAAAACGAUGGCUUCCCCUACAUCGAUAAUUGAACUUUGA